AUGAUCUCCAACCUUCGAGUGGAUGUGCUAGAAGAGAUACUCUCUAAGGUUCCCGUGACAUCUUUGAGACGAUUACGAUCUACUUGCAAACUAUGGUACCAUCACGCUUUAUUCAAAGACCCUGGAUUUAUCAAAAAACACUCUGAUAAAACUGAAAGAGGGUACUACGAUGUAAUGUUGAUUGAGUAUGAGGUUUAUUCAGUGAGUUCCAAUAUCAAUGAAGUUCACCUCAACUCUCGUCUACGGUUGAAAGGUAAUCAUAGCCUAAUCGACCCCCUUAGUAAUUCAGAUCAAUUCGGUAUAUAUGAAGCCUUUCACUGUGAUGGUUUAUUGCUAUGCACCGCCGUAUCAAGAGAGCAUGAAGCCUGGUGUGUGGUUUGGAACCCCUUCUCGGGGAAAACCAGAUGGAUCCGACCGAUAAGUCAGUAUCACCAGACAGAGGAGGUCUAUGCGCUCGGUUACAAUAACAAGGAAUUGUGCCAUAACUACAAGAUCUUGAGGAUUAUAAGUAGAGAAAAAUUGGAAAUCUAUGAGUUUAGCUCUAAUUCAUGGAGGAGUCUUGAUGUAUCUCCCCAUGGUAUAAUACUUAGUCUUGGCGCGUCUUUGAAAGGGAAUACUUAUUGGGUGUCUAGUCCAUCUGGAGUCAGUGGAUACUCAUUACUCAGUUUUGAUUUCUCAACAGAGAAAUUUCAGCAUCUGUGUGUGCCAUUUCAUAAAGAAGCAGCAUAUUUUAGUACCAUGGGUCUCUCAGUUGUUAGAGAAGAACAUCUUUCGUUGUUGCUGUAUUAUACGGGCUCGAAAUCAAAGAUUGACAUAUGGAUCGCCAAAGAGAUUGAGACCACAUUUGCGUCGUGGACCAAGUUCUUACAUGUGGAUUUAAAACCCGGUAUGAACUGUUGCAGUUCGCCUCCCAUAAGUUUCUUCAUUAAUGAGGAGAAGAAAGUUGCCGUUUUCUGUGACGACAACAACAGCAAGGUAUGCGUUGUUGGAGAAGAUGAAUACCACGAAGUACCAUUAAUUUACAAAUGUUUGUAUUUAAAUUAUUGGGGUCUUCCAUGUCCGCCAACGGUGUUUACUUAUGUUCCAAGAUUCGUUUAA